AUGGCCAUAUGCAUCUACGAGCACGAUGCAGCAACGAUAAUACCGGCACUCAUCUCUGAACUGCCGUAUUCCACGACUGUUCUGCGCCGAAUUCAACACGGGAUCGCUUAUCCGUAUGAGACCGCUCACAUACUAGCGACCUUCCCGCCCGGCUCAACCCCUGAGCCUGGACAGCCGUGGCUGGCUGCGCGGGUGGAUCUCUUUGGCGGCCGCACAACACAGAUGCUCAUCUACUCCAGCCUCGAAGCGGAGCACACGUCAAUUCCGAUCGUCACUGUCAGCGAUACCAAGACCACUGCACCGGAGAUAUUAAAUGUGGACUCAACACGAUCCAAUAAUAUCAGAAACAAUACCAAUGAUAAUAAGGAUGACAACCCUGUCAACAUCAGCAAGCCCAUUGUUUCCACCUUUUCCGCCAGCCCAUCCGUCUUAGCCCUGGCCCGCUCGCAGUUAUUGGCCUUGCUGUCAUAUGUCAAGAUCAAUCUACUACCACCCUACCUGUCAUACUUGGCGAAGACAGCGCAAGCCACAUCCGCAGAAGCUGAAAAUACUUCCGUGUCGAUGUCCUCGGGGACCACAAACAACACCAACCCCAAUAAUACUAGUAGUGUUCCCCUAAUCCCCGAGCCGGAUCCACAGGCCUUCCUCAUCGGCAGCCUUCAUACAGGUCUAUUCUCGCUCCUGCAGCGAUCUGGCUCUUACACUCAAUCUGACCCAAUACCCAAUAUCCGGGUCCAUCGCUUCGACGAUCCCCCUUAUUACAAGUAUUUCUUUCGGAGAUCUGACUUCAGCCCCGACGAAGAGUCUGGAAGAUCUGCAGAUCUGCCGUUCGCCGAUCUCUCUCUCCCAGCCGGAUAUAGGUUCCAUGACCGAGAGGGGAGGGAGGGUGUUCUGAGUAAGCAUCUGGAUCUUGUGCAGAGUCGGACACAUAUCCCCAGGCCAAGGGCGAAGCUAUCUACAAUGCCCGGUGUGGCAGUUUAUUCUGAUUCUGGGUCCAGCGAUGCUGACGAAAUGCCUAUUGCUUGGGGAUUCUUGGGUAUGGAUGGAGCGCUGGCGACGUUGCAUGUUGAGCCGGAGCAUCGUGGUCGUGGGCUUGCAGUUCCAUUGUCUAAGGCUAUUAUGCGUCGUGGCAUGUCGGUAGAUGGUGUUUUUGGGGCUGGAAGUGUCAACUCUGAGGAUAGUCAGACUCGAGAGCGUGUUGGGACUUGGGCGCAUGCUGAGGUGGCUGGGUAUAAUAAUGCUAGUCGGAGGGUCAUGGAAAAGAUUGGGGGUCAGCUUUUGACAACUGUUACCUGGACUGUCAUUGAGCUGCUUGAUUAG